UGCGCGGUACGGGCAGUACUCCUUGUCAGUCCGUCCGCCGGUGUGCAAGUACGACUGUUCUGUGUUGUAUCGUUGUGCGUGCGUACCGCCUUUCUGUGGUAACUAUUGUGUUUGGUGUCAGUGUACGUGCGCGCAAUUCGAAGCGUUCUAUUCUAACCUAAAUAAAGUCGUACUUAAUUAUUAUUUUAUAUAUUUUGUGGUUAUUUCAGCCUGAGCGACUGAAUAAAAAAAAAAAAAAAUUGCCAUAAUUUCACUGGAAACGCCAAACGGUGUACCCCAAAUGGAAUUAUCAUCGUUACUAUCUUCUGACUUCUUGUGUAAUUUGAAUGGAUUGAGAUGAUAGGGUUAGAAGGCACUAGAAAUGGCUCUAGUGCGGCACGACAACAUGCAGUACCAAUGGAUUACUACAACAGCAAUUUACUGCGAGCGCGAACUGGUGCCGGACUGUCGUCAUCAUCACGACAAAGGUCUGCCCAAGACCCGCUCUAUCGCAGUAAUUCUAGUCUCGAACUUACCCACGCAGACUAUCCCCAUUUUGGAGGAAGUACACAAUAUAUUGAAUCUCAAUCUAAUGAACGUUCUAUCAUAAGUCCAAUGCUGAAACGAGAGUAUGGUAGCCAUGGAUCUAUCGAUGUGAUUGCUGCUUCUGACCGUAAUUCAAAUGGUUGUUUAACAAAUGGUGAACAUUUUUUUGCAAUGCUCCAAGAUUAUCGUCCUACUGUUUUAGAUAUGAUUGACGGUAACGACCGUGAAAUCAGAUAUAGAGAGAUGCCAGUUGAUACUCCGCCUGAUGACCACAUUGUUCCACCUUCUCAUUUAGAUAAAUCUUCAACCCAAGGAAAUUCAAGUCCAAAACUUAAAUUAAAAUUCCAUAAAUUUUGGGGAGCAAAUAACAAGUUUUCUAGAACAACUGAUGACACAACUUUAGCAUCUUCCAAUUCCAACAUAGGUACAAAUUGUAAUGAGUUUGGAUCUGAUGAUAGGCAGAAACGAAGGGGAUUUGCUCAUUAUGAUGUUCAAUCACUAACAGCUACUGUAGGAUUAGCACGCAAACUACAAACUAUGUUAUCUAGAAGACGCAAUACUGCUACUGGUGCAUCAGCUGCUUCAAUGUUAGCUGCUCGAUCUUCAACGCCAGAUAGUGUUGAAGAUGAUCUUGGUGAUGGGAAACACAAUAGUUUAAUUGAUAGCUGCCCUUUUUUCCGAAAUGAGCUUGGAGGUGAGGGUGAACGGGAAGUUAGUCUUACUCAAAGAACCCAAGCUGGACAAGUUUCAACUUUAAAUAAUGGAAAAUUAUAUCACAAGCCACGUAUGGCCUAUGGGGUAUCAGUUCUUGAAUAUCCUCCUGGAGAAACCCAUUGGACUGAAGGAAUUUGUCCUGAAAAUUAUUCAAGACUUAUAGAGACAACAGAUGAUGGUGAUCUAUAUUAUAGAAAAUAUUUUUAUGGCCAAGAACAUCAUAAUUGGUUUGGGAUGGAUGAUACUUUAGGACCAGUGGCAAUUAGCUUAAAAAGAGAGAAAGUUGAAAUGGAUACGACGGUAAAUGGUUGUAGUUCAAGUCCUUCAGUUCUAUUUAGGUAUAGAAUCAUUAUACGAACUAGUGAGUUACAAACAUUACGGGGCUCUAUUCUUGAAGAUGCCAUUCCAAGUAUCAAACCAUCUAAUAGUUCUAAACAUAUAAAUACUAAAGAAGUUCUUGAAUACGUUGUACCAGAAAUCCCUCUUCCUUGUUUAAGGUUGGGUGGAACAACUAAUAGAGUAGAAGAACUCUUGUUAGGGCUUGAUGAACAAGGAAUUUCUCAUACUUAUAAAGUAGGAGUGAUGUAUUGUCGUGCUGGACAAUACACAGAAGAACAUAUGUACAAUAAUGAAGAAGCUGGCUUGGCAUUUUACCAGUUUAUGGAUAGUAUUGCUCAACGAGUGCGUCUAAAAGGUUUUAACAAAUACAGAGCAGGAUUAGACAAUAAGACUGAUUCUACUGGACUCUAUUCUUUUUAUAGUCAAUAUCAAAAUCGAGAAAUAAUGUUCCAUGUGUCCACAAUGUUACCUUUCACACCAAAUAAUAGACAACAACUUCUUAGAAAGAGGCAUAUUGGAAAUGAUAUUGUUACAAUUGUAUUUCAAGAACCUGGUGCUCAACCAUUUUCUCCUAAAAAUAUACGUUCUCAAUUUCAACAUGUAUUUAUUGUAGUUAGAGUAAUUAAUCCAUGUACAGAAAACACACAAUACAGUAUUGCUGUGACACGGUCAAAAGAAGUUGAAAUGUUUGGUCCUCCUAUUCCUUCAGAAGCUGUAUUUAAAAAAUCAAAGGCAUUUAGUAGCUUCUUAUUAGCUAAAAUUAUAAAUGCUGAAAAUGCAGCACAUAGAUCAGAAAAAUUUGCUACUAUGGCUACUCGUACUAGACAAGAAUAUCUUAAAGAUUUAACAUUAAAUCAUUCUUCAAACACUACCAUAGAACCUAUUCAAAAGUUUUCAAUGCUAUCAUUCAGUAGUAAGAAGAAAGAAAGAUGGCGACCAAGGUUUCAACCUGAUGCAUCACAAAGAGGAGCGAUUUGUUGGCAAGUAGUAUUAGAAGAAGGGAAUGGAGGUAUUGGUGCCCACUGUCUUUUAGCUAUAUCGUCAGAUUCUAUGGUUUUGAUUGAAGAACAUAGUCAUGACAUAUUGUUAGUUGUACCUUGCCAAUCUAUUUUAGGCUGGACUACACAAACUAAUAGCCUCCGAAUUUAUUAUCAUGAGGGUGAAUGUGUUACACUGCACAUGCAUGAAGGUUAUAGUGAUGGUGAUCGUGAUGAGUUAAUGGAAGUUGUAGUACGAUUGCGUGCAGUUACUAAAGGUUCUGUUGCUCAAGAAUUAUCAUUACAUCGUAACUCUUUAGGUCAACUUGGUUUUCAUGUUCAACCAGAUGGCUUAGUUACUCAAGUAGAGAAAUCAGGGUUGGCUUGGGAAGCGGGUUUAAGACAAAAUUCUAGACUUAUAGAGAUAUGCAAAAUAGCUGUUGCAACAUUAACUCAUGAUCAAAUGGUUGAUCUUUUAAAAACAAGUGUUCUAGUAACUGUAACCGUUAUUCCACCUCUUUCAGAUGGUUCCCCUCGAAAGGGUUGUCAUAUUCAAAAUUGUUCUUAUAGUGUCGAUAAUAGUAGCUCACCAAAAGGAUAUGAAAUUGAAUAUGAAAAUGUUACAGGUAUAACAGCAGUUAAAAGUCCUAGAAAACAAAUUGCUCUUCAACAACCUGUUACUGGAAACCACCGCAAAAUGUAUGAACGUAGCUUAUCUCCACCAAGAUCUAGUAAUAGUUCUGGCUAUGGUACCAUGGGCAGCAACAAAUCUUAUACAACACCACUAGAUAAUCGUUUUCCACAAAACCCAGAGGGUACACUAACUAGUUCUUCAAGUGGUCACUCUUCUGAUGAUCGAUGGUAUGAUUUACCUGAAGUAUUAUUAGAAGAUCCUCCACCUGUUCCUACUCGAUUAACACCAACACCUAAUAAGACUCAUACUAAAGUACAUGCAAGCAAUUCGUUACCCUUAUCUACAUUAAACAAUUCCUUUUCUGUGUACUCUGAACCACGUAAUAAUAAAAAUAUCAUUCAGCAAUAUGAUUUAAUUAGUAAAAGUUCUGAACAUAAUGAUCUCCAAAGACAAUUUGAAGAACGAUCUGAACCUAGAAGAUCUAUGAAACGUUUGGCAAAAGCAACUAAUGGAAUAGACUUAGAAAGUACUAACGGUUUAAUUGAUAGUAAUAAUUUUAAAAGGAAUUUAAGUAAUGGAAACAUACCAGAGAUAUUAAAUGAAAAACUUUUAGCAGCUAGUGAAGAUGAUGUUUCUACUAUUGGAAGUAGUAGCACUGGAUCUCCUCAUAGUCAUCGUAAAAUUUUAAAAAAUAACUGCAGUCGAAAUCAAAGUCCUCGUGUAGAUCGAGGUGAACCAAGAUUAAGGCCUGGUGUAUCUGGACGUAAUUCAAAUACUAGUAGUCGCCUUAGUGGAAAUAUGAGUACUUUGCAAGAAGAUUUAAUGAAGUUAAUUGACCUUGAUUAUAAUUUAGAGGCAUCAUUUAUGGAUAAUAACUCUCCUAGUAAUAACCAAUCUAGAGAAAACGAAACUAAUGUUGAACAAAGUCAAGUAAUUUUAACUAAAGCUCGGCCAGCUACUGUUAUAUCCAGUGCUCCAAGCCCAGCUUUAAGUGAAAUGAAACCAAUAAAUCAAAUAGAAAGUGUUCCUGAUUUACCACUUCCGGAUACUCCAAUUGACCGAAUGAACUGGAAAAUUUUAGUUGAUACUGCUACAGAAGCAUUACGAAAGGUAUCAGCAGGAGGUCAAAUAAAACCUUCUGAUGAAGAAAGAGGUCAGUAUUGGAAGAAUACAAAUGGAAUGAUAACAAAUAUCCCAAGCACUAACAAAACAAACAUGAGUCCAGAAGAUCUAGAAAUUAUGUUACGUAGUGAAAUGGAAAUGCGUAUGGAACUUCAAAAUGAGGUUAAACAUUUACGUGAAGAAAAUCGGAGGCUACAAGAUGAGUCAAAUAGUGCUGCUCAACAAUUAAAACAUUUCACUCAUUGGUUCUUCCAAAAUAUCGAUAAACAUCCUGAUUAAAUAUGUUUAGCUUAAAUUAUAAUUACAAAUAUAUAUUUUUAUAAAUAUUUUUAUGUGCAAAUAUGUGAUCAAAACUGUUAAUGAAAUUCACAAUUAUUAUGCAUUGUUAAUUUUUUGUAAAAUUGUAUUAUUAGUUAAAUUUAUUGUUUUAAAUUAUGUUAUAAUUAUUAGUAUUUAUUUUUACUAACACAUUACAUUUCCAAGACUGUCUUUUAUGUUUAUUUUAGAUUAACAGUAAAUAAUUAUAAUUAUAUGUGUAAAUUUAUAUGUCGAUAUGUGUGAAGUUAUUUUUACCAAAUUAUCGUCUCAAGUAAUCAAAACGAUACAAUUUUUAAAGUUUUCCAUUAAUUUUGUUAUUCAUUGGUUAAAUUUUAUACUCCUACUUGUGCAAAAAAACAGUAUUAUUAAUAAUCUAUCAUAUAAUCUCUGUAAAUAUUGAGUAUAACAUCAAAUAAAAAAUUCAAAUAAUAUCCCUAUUACUCUAACUACUUGUAGCUAUAAGUGUUUUUUUUGUAAUUUUUGUAACUUAAAUUAUUAAAAAAUAUAUAAAUGUAAAACAGACUACUUUUAUUGUGUAAAAUUUAUGUGGAAUAAAAACUUAGUUUUAUUUGUUGUUUGAAGCACUAAUUGAUUUGUAUAUUAUAUUUAAUAAUUGUUUUUUAUUUGUCUAUAUUGUG